AUGUUUUAUCGGGUUUUGGUAAAGGAGGAUCAUCGAGACUAUUUACGCUUCCUGUGGUAUCAGGACAACAAUCCAGAUUUGGAAUUGAUUGAGUACAGGAUGCGUGCCCACGCAUUUGGAAAUAGCCCCUCCCCUGCAAUAGCAACGUUUGCUCUCCGUAAGGCAGUUGAAAGCGCCGACAUGGAUGUCCGAAACUUUGUCACGGAUGACUUUUAUGUGGACGACGCCCUGACGACAGGCCCAGACGCAAAGGCGGUGUCAGAACUUAUGAAAAGAACCCAGGAGGCUUUGCGAUACAACGGCAACAUUCGCCUACAUAAGGUUGCAUCUAACAGUGUGGAAGUUGUUAAAUCGUUUCCGCCAGAAGAUUUACGCGAAGAGCUCAAGUCACUAGACAUUAACCCUGACAAUUUACCUACUCAGAGUAGUCUUGGCGUAUCCUGGAACAUGGCUGCCGAUACGUUUCAGUUUGAAGUGCGGCUCUCAGAACAAGCGGAAUCACGCCGAGAGAUGUUGUCGACCUUGAACAGCAUCUUUGACCCCAUGGGUUUUCUGUCUCCAUUUACCAUCCAGGGACGGAUUUUGUUGAGGGAGUUGACUUCAGGAGUAGACUGGGAUCUACCUCUACCUAAAGAAUACCCAAAAAAUGGGACGACUGGAAGAUGUCCUUAUUGA